UUCCUCUUUCCUGGAAGUUACCUCCACCACAUGGACCUAUUGAAUGACACACAAGUUUCAGAAAUUCUUCUUCUGGGAUUUUCAGAAGACGCAGAAUUGCAACCGCUCGUAUUUGGGCUUUUCCUCUCCAUGUACCUGAUCACUGUGUUCGGGAACCUGCUCAUCAUCCUGGCUGUCAGCUCAGACUCCCAUCUCCACACCCCCAUGUACUUCUUCCUCUCCAACCUGUCCUUUGUAGACAUCUGUUUCACCUCCACCACCAUCCCAAAGAUGCUGUGGAACAUUCAGACCCAGAGCAAAGUCAUCACCUAUGAAGGUUGCAUCAUCCAGAUGUAUUUUUAUAUACUAUUUGUAUGUUUGGAUGACUUUCUCCUGACUGUGAUGGCCUAUGACCGGUUUGUGGCCAUCUGUCACCCCCUGCACUACAUGGUCAUCAUGAGCCCCCGGCUCUGUGGACUGCUGGUGCUGGUGUCCUGGAUCAUGUGUGUCCUGCAUUCCUUGUUGCAUAGCUUAUUGGUAUUGAGAUUGUCCUUCUGCACAGACUUGGAAAUUCCUCAUUUUUUUUGUGAAUUCAAGCAGAUUGUCCAAUCUGCCUGUUCUGACACUUUUGUUAAUGAUAUAGUGAUAUAUUUUGCAGCUGUGCUGCUGGGUGGUGGUCCUCUGUUUGGUAUCCUUUACUCUUACUCAAAGAUAGUUUCCUCUCUACGUGGAAUCUCAGCUCAGGGGAAGUAUAAAGCAUUUUCCACCUGUGCAUCUCACCUCUCCAUUGUCUCCUUGUUUUAUUGUACAGUCUUAGGAGUGUACUUUACCCCUGCUGCUACCCACAGCUCACACUCAAGUGCAACAGCCUCGGUGAUGUACACUGUGGUCACACCCAUGCUGAACCCCUUCAUCUACAGUCUGAGGAACAAAGACAUAAAGAGGACUCUGGAAAGAUUAUUUGGGAAGAAAACUAUAAAUGGGCCAGUUUUCCUAAGGUGA